GCGCAUCGCAUGAUCGCAUGCGAGAGCGAGGUCCAGGCAAAACAAUCAUCGCGGUCGGAUCGUUUCACGUUUUUGACCGUAGAACAUAGGAAAAUAAUUUUAAUUAUAAAAUUUGCAGUGGAUAACUACAGGUUCGCAAAAUGUCGUUCGACCUGAAGAACGAAUCGGACGUUAAGGAAUACCUGGAGAAGUUGGGGAUCGAGUAUCGAUUCGGGUGCUAUUCAGAGAAAAAAGCCGACGUGUGUCAUCUUUUGGGCGAUUAUCUUGAGGGAAUCAAGAAGGAUUUCGAUAAAGCCGCCAAAGUGUACCGGUCCAACUGCGAUGACUAUGGCUAUGCGAAGAGCUGUCUUAAAUACGGAAACUAUAGCUUCUUGGGCAAGGGCCGUGCCUCGGAUAAGGGAGACCCGGUGAAGGCCUACAGUUACUAUGAAAAGGGAUGCGAACUCAACGAUCCGGAUGCGUGCUUACAUUCCGGACUGCUCCUAGUUUCCAAAUCCAUCCCCAAGGAUAUGAAGCGGGACGUCCCGAAGGCGUUUGAGUAUCUGAAGAAGGCAUGCAGUAUGAACAAUGCCAAUGCCUGCUUUUACCUGUCCGGCAUGCACAUCUCCGGUGUCCUGAAAGACGAGUUCAACACACCUAAAGUUAAGGAAGAGCUGGAACAGAAGGAGAAGCUUUCACCGGGCAGUAGCGCAUCGUUGCUUCCGGAAGGGGCUUAUGUCGUGGAACGGGACAUGCAUAAAGCCUUCGAGUUUGCGUACAAGGCUUGCGAGUUGCGGAAUAUGUACGCCUGUGCAAAUCUUAGUCAAAUGUACGCGAAAGGUGAUGGGACGACAAAGGACGAAAAGAAAGCGGAAAAGUACAAGCAAAUGGCCAUGGAGAUGCAGGACGAGAUCAAGAAGCAACAGCAACUUACCUUCCAGCAGGGACUGAAUCCAACAUAGAGGCUACGGCGUUUCAGUGGUUCUAAAUCGCAUGUAGCUGACCAUCGAUACAGCAGAGAAGCACUUCAAAAUUUGAGCCUGCUCGUUUGCGAAGUUAUCCUUCUUUUCUUGUUGUAUCUUUUAUGAUUGUAAAAAUAAUAUUUAACUACGGACACUGCUGUUUGUGCAUACCGGGCAAAAAGUAACUAGGCAUUAAACUAACAAUAUUGAUGGUUAUCCAAACUUAGUGGAAUUACCGGAAUAAACGAAAAAAAGUAUAAAUGUA